AUGGCACGAAUUGCAGGAGGCUCGAAAGGCUGCCAUGCUUGUCGGAGGCGCAAGAAGCGUUGCGACGAACAGCGACCAUCGUGCGGUCAAUGCCUGUCGCGAAACACUUCCUGUCCGGGCUAUGCGCGCGAAAUGAAGUUCAUCAAUGUAUCCUAUCAGGACAAAUGUCGUUCCAGUCAAGCGGCACCGGAGUCUAGUUCGACCACGGAAGUUAGCUCCGACAGUCGAGAGGUUGAUACACGGUCAGACCUUGUGGCCACACAUCGCGUGUGCAGCAGUGGGCUAUCCUCCCAUGCCCUUAGCCUCCAGCGCUCUGCGGUUGCGUAUUACUGUGGCGCAUACUUCCAUAACAAUGUCAUCCAAACGGGGCUAGACGUGUUUGGAAAGUCGAGUUAUAUCGACUGGAUGGCCUUUACCCCUGACCUCGAUGUAGACGAGCCAAGUUUGAAGUCAGCUUUGCUAGCACUUGGUGCGGCUCGAAUGGGUCACCUUUCCCAGGAUCCUCGUUUGACCCGAUUAAGCUCAGAAUCGUAUUCUCAAUCACUGAGACAGCUUCGCAGAUCCAUUCAGAAUGGAACUCGGGGCCUCCGAGACGAGAACCUAGCAAAAGGAUCAUCAACCAGAGGCCUGGGUUGGGCAAGUCAUACCUACGGGGCCCUUUCAUUGGUUCACUCACAAGGUCUAGACACUGAAUGGUCCCCGGCGAGACGUAGACUGUUUGACGGAUUGCGGCUUUCUGCUAUGAUCCAUUGUAUUGGAACAAGGAAGCCCACAUACCUCGCAACGCCGGAAUGGACGUCUCUUCCCUGGAAGGGGUAUAAGAAGGAACCGAAACAAUACUUACUAGACCUGAUGAUGGAAAUUCCGGCUUUAUUGCAGACGAUUGACUCAGUACAUAACGCAUCGGACCUUCCUGGGAAUUUGCAAAAGCUGUCCACAGUCUGCAAGGAAUAUUUGAAACUGUCUGCACGUCUACGAGCCUGGUAUGAAGCAUACAAAAGCGACUACCCUAGCAAGCUAUACUGGGAACAACCCGCCAAAUUUCAUUCAAGCCACGCUCUACCACAGGAAAAGUUCCCCCCGACAAGCAUGUAUUUUUCUGACUUUGAGACGGGUCAUAUUCACCUACUAUACUGGACCUCUCAUGUCCUUCUCUGCAGCAAUCUCGGUAUGCUAUAUCUAAGCUGUCUAACAAAGGCGGCCGAGGGAAGUCGGCCUCCGUUCCCCCCGUUUCCUUGCGACACACAAGAGAUGCACGGAAUGGCCGUCAACAUUGCCAAAUCCGCCGAAUACUUCCUUCAACCAAAAACCAUUGCUUUGGGUGCUGGUGUGAUCUCCUUUCCGGUGUCAAUUGCAUUCGGGUACUUGGACUAUUAUAAUCUCCCUGAGCGCGACUGGUUCUACCAGAUCUUUGAGUAUACUAAAAUGUUUGGUAUUGAUGUAGGGGCUUUUCUUGAAGCAGUUCCAGCGGAAACAAAACUGCACCUUGUAGCGUGUUAG